AGCAAAAGCAAAUGAAUGUUGCAACAGCAUCUGAGCUGAGACCGUGGUGUUGUUGGCGGAACUGCGAUCUUGAUGUGGGGUCCCGGCGAACCUGAAGUGGCUUGAAGUGGGCGCCAGCGAACCUGAAGCAAAAUGAAGUGGGGUUCGACAAACCGAUGCUUCGUCCGGCAAGAACAAAUCUGAGGUGAAUUUCGGCGAGAUUGAGCCGAGGGUUGGCAAACCUGUGAUCCGGCGAACCUAUGCUGAGGUUCGGCAAGCUUGAGCCGAGGUCCGGUGAAGCUGGGGUCGUGGGGCCAUUGGCGGAACUGCGAGGUUCGCUGGUUCGCCGAGUGGCCGCUGGCGACUUCUGGUUCGCCGAUGGUUGUCCACUGGCGGAUUUGAUGGUUCGCGGACGAAAACUAGCUGUAUUCCCUACUGCCAUGGCUUCCAGGUUGCAAUUCCUCAGAAGGCUCCCAAGGCUUUUAAAGCCUUCUUCUUCCUCUUCUUCUUCUUCAACGAUCCGUAGAUUCAGUUUUCUGCUUCUAGAAGCUUCGAGGUCUGAGACAACUCGGUGGUCUCCUGCUUGUAGAACCUUCUGCUCUCGUCCACUGAAUCUCGGAGACGAUCCUCAAGGCCCCGCCGCCAUUGAUUACAGUUCUGUACUGCAGGAGGAUGAGUUUCACAGGCUAAGCAAUUCCACAAUACAUCACCUCCUAGAGAAACUCGAGGAAUAUGGUGAUAAUGUUGAAAUAGAUGGCUUUGACGUAGACUAUGGGAAUGAGGUGUUAACCUUGAAACUCGGGGAUCUGGGUAUGUAUGUGUUGAACAAACAAACACCAAAUAGACAAAUUUGGCUAUCUUCCCCAGUGAGUGGUCCCGCGAGGUUUGAUUGGGAUCGGAAUGCUCAAACUUGGGUCUAUAGGCGGAGCAAAGCAGAUUUGCUGAAUAUGUUAGAAGUUGGGUUUCCAUGGUGGAAUCGAAAAUACCAGAUUGACCUCAAGAUAACCCAGUCGUGGACUGUGGCAAUCUUUUUAUUUUUGUGGAUCAUCCAUUUCAAAUGAACUCUCAUAUCAUUACAACAAUGCCAAAAGUGGCUUUUGGGUGUAUGUUGGAUUGCUUUGAAGAUGCUAUGAGAGCAGCUGCAACCGCUCCCUUUGGCCGUCGAGUUUACCCCCAGUGAGUUCCGGUGCAACUACAACCACCACUUUGGUCAAAGGGAUGGCUGCAACCACCCUGAACAACCCCAUAAAAGCUACUUUUUAUUUUUAUAAUUAUUUUCUUUUGGGUUGUUGUAAUGAUUUGGUGUUCUUUCGGUGCACCAUCCAAAUCCCAAAACUUUUUAUUCCCUGAUCUUCUCUAGGAUGUUUCCUAUGUCUUUUCUAGUCACUCUCUCAUAGCCCACAGCCCACAUGUACUAUUUAGAUUAUAAAUUUGAGGGGCA